UUUACUUGGUUUCUAGGAUUCUAUGUUCCCAGUGUCUUAUAUUUCCAGGGUCCAGUGUUCCCAGGGUACUUAGUUCCAGUGGGUCUUUGUUACUAGGGUCCAAAAUCCCCAAAAUCUUAAUUUCUUGUCGACCUAUGUUUCCUGGGCUCUAGGUUCCCAAACUUUUGCUUAUCAGAGAGAGACCUUUGUUAGUUGCUGAGCAACAGUGAGAUACUGGGCUGAAGCGUCAGUCUAAAUACCAAUUUAAAAGAUAUUAUGUAAGAUUCCUAAAUACAAAUGUAAAUAUGUCUUCCUCCUUCACAGCCAAAAUAUCAGAUCUCCUUACUGUCUGUUUGUUUAAACAUUAAUACUUAAAAAGGGUUUCCUGUUGUUGCAGCAGGCUCUGUGUGUUUGUGUAGGUGGCCACAAUGAUGCAGUGAUGUGCAUUCAGGUUGUCAAUACCACACCUACGAAGACUACCUAUGACACGCCGUAUCUAUAGGCCCCACGCACGCGCGGCUUGACGACACUCUCGGAUCGCGUAGUGGUGACUGCCAGUGGAAAAGAAAAUUUCAUUACUCACACACGCCAGUUUCUGCACCUUUCCAACGAUCUGCAAGUGGUUUUCCUGUGUCCUCAGGGAUAUGUAUAAAAAGGUACGCGACACAACUGUCUGCAUUUCCAGUAAAUCUCUCGAAAAGCCUCUUUUGGUGAUCUGGUACCUGCUGCUGAUACUGACAAUAUGAAGCUGGUUGUGUUUUGCCUGUUUGCAGUCUACUGCUGCUCUUUGGCCAGCACAGCAACAAGGGAGACUGACAGAACAUUGCAGAGGAAGAAAUUACAAGAGGUCCUCAAACAGCUGAAUGCUGUGAAAGUGAGCCUGCAGCAAAGUGAGAAGUUGCUAUACACUCCACCAAGGAAUAUCGAGGACUGCUGCUGUCUGUCAGCACUGAAAUGCUUCCAGGCCAAUCUGGAGGUCAGUUUCAAUGUUAAAGAGGGAAGACAGAGACAACUCUUCAGGAGCCUUAAGCAUCCCCUCACUGAGAGAGGUCUGAACUUUUGCAGUUCACCAAAUGUCAACUCCACCUGCCAAGAGUGUGUCUCGCAUCCGAGGCAAAAUGCCACAGAGUUUUAUAACAGACUCGAAUCUCUUAUUCAAAUGGCCAUAUCCAGGCUGACCAUGAUCUGAGAAGAGGUGAACAUCUACUUGGGACCAAGGAUUGAAUGUAGAGAAGACACUACACAGAAAAGAUGCUAAACUUGUUAUAGCCUUCUGAAUAUUUAAUGAUACUUAUUUAAUAUUUAUUUAGAUAGUGGUGGUGAAUCCUCUCAAGCUAUGUAGAAGGUAUUCUCAGGAGAGCUGCUUUGCUGCCACCCAGUGGACUUGGCAGUUCUGAUUUUCUUUACGCCUCUUUUUCACUGAAAGUGAAAGUUAAUUUAUUUGUUGUAGUUCUCAAAGAAUGUUAAGUAUAUAAUGACAUUUAUACUGUGUAUGACAUGCCAUGUUGAUCAUUAUUGAUAUAAUAGUACCAUUG